AUGCUGAGUUCAGAGUUCCUGAAGAAGCUGGGGCUGACAGAUGGGGAAGAUUUCAGCCAGUACUUGAGGAGUCUGUCCACCCCCACAUUAGUCAGCAUGGGGGCCGUGGCAGCUGCAACCACAUACUACCUAGCAACACGGCCCAAGGCCCUCCCACCAGUGUGCGACCUUAGCCUGCAGUCUGUUGAGGUUCAGGGAGAGGAUAUGGCACGGCGUUCAGUGCUGCUCAAUGGAGACAGUCACAUGACCCACUUGUACAAUGACGCCAAAACAAUGUACGAGUUUUUCCUCAGAGGGGCCCGCAUGUCCAAUUAUGGUCCGUGUCUGGGGUCCAGGAAACCUAAACAGCCAUAUGAAUGGAUCUCCUACAGAGAGGUAAUGGAGCGAACGGAGAAUUUGGGUUCAGCAUUUCUUCACAAAGGACACUCGAAGACCACUGACCAAUACAUUGGAAUCUUCUCUCAGAACCGACCUGAGUGGACCAUUACUGAAAUAGCUUGUUACACCUACUCUCUGGUGUCAGUUCCUCUCUAUGACACACUGGGAACAGAGGCCAUCUCCUACAUUAUAGAUAAAGCUUCUAUCUCGACCAUAGUGUGUGAUGUGGUGGAUAAAGUUGAGAUGGUGUUGGAGUGCAUUAAAGACAGACCACAUUCAGUGAAAACCAUUGUUUCGAUGGAGACGCCCAGCGCCGAGCUGGUCAGCAGAGGCCAACAGGCUGAAAUCCACAUCCUCAGCUUGAAGGACAUGGAGGUGAUCGGCAUGAACAACCAUCAGCCUCCAGUGCCUCCAUGUCCUGAGGACCUGGCGGUCAUCUGUUUUACCAGUGGAACAACAGGACACCCAAAGGGAGCUAUGCUGACACAUGGUAAUAUCGUGUCCAACUGCUCAGCUUUCAUCAGAACAACAGAGGUUAGCUGUCCCAUGCGUCCCAGUGACGUCCAUAUUUCCUACCUCCCCUUGGCUCAUAUGUUUGAGAGAGUAGUACAGGGAGUGAUGAUAGCACACGGAGCCCGGAUCGGGUUUUUCCAGGGAGAUAUUCGUCUGCUAAUGGAUGACCUGGCUGCUCUGAAACCCACCGUGUUUCCUGUGGUCCCCCGACUCCUUAACAGAAUGUAUGAUAAGAUCUUUGGGCAGGCCAACACCCCGUUGAAGAGGUGGGUGCUGGGAUUUGCCUACAGACGGAAAGAGGCGGAGAUGUUGAAAGGCAUUGUGAGGAGAGACAGUAUCUGGGAUCGCCUCAUCUUCAGGAAGGUUCAGGCCAGCCUUGGAGGUCGCGUGCGUCUCAUGAUAACAGGAGCAGCUCCCAUCUCUCCUACCGUCCUCAGUUUUCUCAGAGCUGCAAUGGGCUGCCAGUUCUAUGAAGGUUAUGGACAAACUGAGUGUACCGCUGGAUGCACCAUGACCCUGCCUGGAGACUGGUCUGCAGGUCAUGUGGGAGCUCCUCUGCCCUGUAAUUCGGUGAAACUGGUGGAUGUACCCGAAAUGAACUACUUGGCUGUGAAUGGAGAGGGAGAGGUCUGUGUGAAGGGCCCUAACGUGUUCCAGGGGUACCUCAAAGACCCAGAGAAGACCAAGGAGGCCAUUGACGAAGAUGGAUGGGUCCACACCGGAGACAUCGGGAAAUGGCUCCCGAAUGGUACUCUGAAGAUUGUGGACAGGAAGAAGCACAUCUUUAAGCUAGCUCAGGGCGAGUAUAUCGCUCCUGAGAAGAUCGAGAAUGUUUAUAUCCACAGUGAUGCAGUGGCUCAGGUGUUUGUGCACGGAGACAGUCUGCAGGCGUGUCUGGUAGCAGUGGUUGUUCCUGAUCCUGACUUCUUGUGUGGCUGGGCCGAGGACACUGGACUAGAGGGGACUUAUCUGGAACUAUGUGGAAGAAAGGAAGUCAAACAGGCCAUCUUGGACGACAUACUGCGACUCGGCAAGGAAGGAGGCCUUAAGUCAUUUGAGCAGGUGAAGGCCAUCCACAUCCACACUGAGCUGUUCUCCAUCCAGAACAACCUGCUCACUCCAACCAUGAAGGCCAAAAGGAACGAGCUGCGGCAACACUUCAGAGCACAGAUCGACGAGCUGUACGCCGUGAUCAACGUGUAGAGUUGAGGGACAUGGGAGAGCCAAAUGAAAGGAGCUCGACCACAAGGUUUUAGAUUAAGAGCAAGAGGAGACUGAGGCCAAACGCUCAAGAUGUGUAAUCAAAUCAACCAUUUUAUCUCUCAUGGCCAGUGGUAGUUUUACAGAACUUGAUGAAUUCAAAGCUUUUAGAACAGCAUAUGACCAAUGAAAUGUAGACCACUCCUCCACUGAAAAGAUAUCAUUUAGACAGGAUAGAAGUUAUUCAUACAGAACUUGUGUGUCCAUAGAUGAGGUAGUCAUGAGAUGUACACUGUCAUGUGUUGGGAUAUCUGCAAAAAUUGAUUUUAAAAACAAAUUCUACAUUACUGUUCUAGAAGAGCAGAUUUCUCAGGUUUUUGACAUCAUGAACCACAUACAGUACACACAUUCUCCUAUAAACACAUCAUACACAUAUAAACUUCGCGGAUGAAAAGGGAAAGUGAGACCACUGAAACACAUUUGUUCUGUCAGGGUUAAGUUGUUGUACUUUGUAAUCCAAACUACAUCACCAGCACAACUUGAAGAUUUUCUUUUUAAGUCAAUUUUUAUUUUGCUUUGUUUGUCCUAUGAUAGUGUAGAAGUGUGUCUCACUGUGAUAUGAAAUCUCAAAUGGAUUGAGGGAUUGUCUUCUGUUAGGUCCCCGAAUGUUUUUAUGAAUAAGCUCAGGUCCACUGGGGUUCUGGGGACCAGCAGAAUGAGCCAUAAAGUAAAUUUAAACACAGCUCUCCUCAGGGCAUUUACUGUAUGUACUUAAGUAAUGAGGGAAUAGGGAAACAGUGUAAAUGUCUUAAUUUAUUUAUGAUGUCACCAGAUAGGAAGAGAUUGUCUGAAGGAAUCAAACUGUUUAAAUGAAUGAAAUUUCCAGAUAGGGUAAAAUGAUACAUUUCAAGCUAAUGAUCACAGCCUGAAUGAGAUCCUUUUGGAUGUAUGGAAUAUGAUUUUAUGGAAAUGCAUUGUCUCUGGUUUUCUAUAAUUGUUCUUACUUUUCUGAUUUAUAAAAAUUAAAACUAAGAUAAAUAAAAGGAUGU